AUCUUUAGUAUAGUAAGUAAAGUUACACCUGAAUUUAAAUAAGAAUACUAAUAAAGAUAAUAAAUAUUGGGAGAAAUGAUGGUAGUGGGGAGUAUACGACGAUUCAGUAAUUCUGUAGUACGAUUUGGAUCAGGAACUUUAUCGGAAUCAAUCACUAACUUCAUUUCUACUGUCAAACUCCAACAAGAGAAUGCUCCUUCACUAUUAGGAGCUAUUGAUAAGUUAAUAGAUAAACAUCAAGACAGUUUAAUAAGGCGACUAAAUAUUGAAAAAUCCCCUGACCAAGACUAUAUAGAUGUUAAACAGAAGAUCUGGGAUCAUCUUGGAGCUUGUGACCAUGAUCUUUAUCAACAUUGUCAGCGAAUCAAUGAGAGUAGAAGAGCUGUGAUUGAAUCAAAUAAACUAAAAAUUGGACCAGAUGAUAUACUGGCAGUCAAUAACUUUAUUACACAGUUAUAUCCAUUACAUAAUGAAUCAGCUAUUCUGUUUGAUAAAUUUAACUCAAAUAAAUAUUUAGAUAUUCCCAGUAUGAUAACAAAAUAUGAAUUAAUUAAUCAUAAUCAGUUAUAUCAUACUUAUUAUGAAUUACCAUAUCCACAAGCAUUCCAUCUAGAUGCAAAGCAUGUGAAUGACUUUAUAGAAAAGUUUUUAUUUAAAAAGCGGGAUUUCAGAAAACCCAAUAUAAUUUCGGAAUUAUAUCUUGAGUUCAAUAAAGACCCAGAAUCUAUAGAUAAGUUUUGGCAAGAAAUGAUGAAGAAAAGACUACAAUAUGUUAGAAUGAUAAGUAAGAUUCUAAAUGAUUUCAAACUGUGGGGAAUCCCCAUUAAUAUCAAUGAACAAAAUGAGUUAAUAAAGUAUAUUUUCUUUCGAGAUUCAAAAUAUAUGAUAGACAAAUAUCAUGAAAUCAUAGCUUCAACCACAAUAAAACCAAUCACAUCUGAGUAUUCGAAAUUCAAUUUAAAGACCUAUCAAGAUCUUAAACAAUCGAUUUUAAAUAAUCCUGACUUUAAAUUUGAUGAUAACGAAGAUAAGUUACAUAUAAAUUCAUUUAAUACAUUCUUGUAUAUUGCAUCACAACAUGAUAAUUUUGAGGUGGUUAAAUCCAUAAUAGAAGAUUUGAAAUUAUCAAAUUUAAUAGAUGAGAAAAAGGUGUAUAAGAAUAACUCAAUUGCGAAUACUCGAACAUUUAAACUUUUACUAGAAUAUUUUGCAACUUCUAAACAAGAAAUUUUCUUUACUAAUACUCUUGACUUUAUUUUAGAUCAUUCAAGUUCGAUGAUUAUUGAUAUUAAUGUAAUUAAUUCUAUUCUUGAUUCAUUAAUAAAAUUGAAUAGACUUGAUCUUGCAGAGCAAGUACUUUCUCAAUUAUUCUUGAGUGAAAUCAAAGAUAAAUCAGAUAUAGUUGAAAAUGAAGAAGAUGCUGUCUAUCGGCAACUAUCUCUUGAAGAUAUCAUUGCAUAUAACAAAUUAAUGUUAAUUUAUAGAAAUUUGAAAGCAUUGACUAAUGAUAAGGAUAUAUUUUUUAAAUUUCAACCAACUGGAAAGACAUUUGAAUUAUUAAUCAAUCAAUAUUGUGGUAUGGUACCUAUUACCAAUAGUUUUAAUAAGGUCAGAUAUUUAUUGAGUAUAAUGGAAGUUUAUUAUGGAUUACCAACCAAUACUAAAUUAUUUACCAUCAUUUUUAAAAAAUUUAAAUCUGUCGUUGAUAUACAUAAUGAACCAGAUUGGUCAGAUUUGAAUGAACUAAUCAAUUUCGUAAUAAAACUUAUUAAUCUACAUGAUUAUUCAUUUAAUUUAACUCCUGAUUCAUCUAUGUUUAUAGAUGAUCAGAAUAUGUCAAAGAUUGAUAAACUUGGAUUAUCUACACAGUUGAAAAACUUUGUCAAUGAUCAUUUAAAUUUACCGAAGGAAACAUUGGAACAUUUAUCCAUUCCUAAGGGUAACUUUGUAAAACUUUCUAAUAAUUUGAUUGAUUUAAUUUAUGGUUCCAUAUUACACAAUCUAUCCUCAAAUACUAAGGGACCUGAUGAUAUUAAAUGGGAGUUAAUUCGUAAGAUCAAAGAACAAAAAUAUCGACUCGAUGAGAGUUUAAAAACUAUUCAAGAAACUGAUAUAUACCGUAAUGAUUCUAAUCAAAUUUAUAAGAUUGAUGAAAUCAAUUAUAUAAAAAAGGGGUUUUUAAUAGAUUUGAUUGAUUUAUUUGAUUAA